GCGUUUCCUUUCUAAAAGGUACGAGUUUCUGUAUCAACAAAAGCAACAGUUCUUAUCUUUUUGUCUUUCGUCGCCUUUAAAUGCCUCUGCCAAAAUAUGCGAUUCUUCAUGGUAAAUUUGGAAUUAAUUUGAAACUUCUACUGAUCUUGUGUAGAACAAAUGGUUCUUUAUUGUUUUGAAUCGGAGUAAGGUAUCGACAAAAUGUAUUUAAACUUUCGAUUUUCAACUAAAUUUCAUAAUGUUGACAUGAAUUUCGUUAUAAAUAUCAACUUUAUCCAUUUUUUGUUAGGCUAGGAUGCCAGUUGCCAGUAUUUGUCUUUUCCUAUAAUUUGUGCAAACAUUCUUCUCUAUUUUGUUAUUUCUGCUCCUUUGCGCAAAAUGUGUGCAUAAUGUAAUGAGCACUUGAGACUCGUUGCAUUUUAUGUGUCCAAAGAAUUUUAUGAAAUUCACUUACAACGAAUUUGUCGUCGAGCAUAAUUUUAGCGUAAUUUUUGUGUUGCGGUAGAAUGAUAGUCUUUCGAAUUUGAUAUCUGUAUUGGGGGUGUGAAUUGUCCACACAUUUUUAAUCUUUUUUCCAACGCCUGUGUGACAAACACACGUUCUUUGAACAAAACUAUCUUUACAGUAAAAAUGUUUUAGUAGGUUUUCGUGAUUUUUUUUUUUCCACUUUUACAUUCAUACAUCAUUGGUAUUAAUUCCAUGAGAGUACAUGCGCCCUGCCACUAAAAAUUUUCUUCAAAACCAUUUUACCCCGAUGAUCGUCAAAAUUUAACGUUAAGGCUAAUGAAUUCAUCAUAUUAUUAUUUGAAAUUUUUUUUACAGUGCCCCCUUUUUUUACAAUAAUUAUAAACGUUACUAGAACUGAUCUUAAUAUUACACACUUUUUCUCUUGAUUUGUAUAUAUAAAUUAUCUUGUCUCUUCAGUGUUUCUCUUAACAAUUUACCUCUUGGAGACUUUGAAGUAACUUUAGUUUGGUCUGCACUAGGCGAAGGUUUUUUUUUUGUUAUUUUGAUUACUGCAUAUCGUGUCUCGAGUUUCCCGAACAACAUGGGAUAUUUGCGUCACGUUGCAGUAACGAAAAUAACAUAUCCAGCGAUAAGUAUGGACUAGAUUUUAAUAAAAAUGUAUAAGUACGUACAAACCAGAGAUCAACUUGUCUUGUCUCUGAAUUCGUAUCAAUUCACAUAAGAUAGUUAUACGACAAGGUAUUUCUGAGCAAAUCCGAAAAGGUCAUCGAGAGAAGUUUUGAAACAAUGCCAAAAUAUCGUUUUCAGGUUUGUGACUGCUAAUGAUAUGCAAAAACAUCAACGGGUGCACACCUCUCGUGGAUUGCAUAAAUGUCCGAUUCAAAGCUGUCAGGACGCGUAUCGAUAUCGAUCGUCUUUAAACAAUCAUAUAUCGGAGUUUCACUUCAACAGAGCACGGCGUAUUUAUGAAUGCCACGAAUGUGGUAAAAUGUUUGAUUACGCAUCCUCAACCUCAACCCAUUUAAUACGAAUCCACGGCUAUGAACGGUCAGGUGGAGUUGUCCGUUUUUCCUAUCGCUGCGAAGCGGAUGGCAAAUUCAAACUAGCAUCAUUUCUUCGAAACAAAGCAAGUUUUGAUUUUAACAAAAACCGGAAAGCACGACGAAAAAAAAUGAAAUCUGUUCAGCUAAAGGAACAAACAGAUCAGAAACCUUAUCUAAAGUACAAAAUACAGCAAAUUAAAUCCAUAAAUGAUCGUUUGAUUGAAAUAGAAAUGGCUGCCGUUGAGAUCGUAGAAAAGGAGCCUCCACAAACUGAAGAUGCUCUAGGCGAAGGUCCUCCGUCGUUCGUGUACAAAGCAGCUCACGGUAAACGAUUCCGGAGAACAUACCUGCCGGCACCAGGUCGACGAUUAUCCGCCCCCGUUACCGAUCCCAAGAUUUUGCUGGACAAAAUCUUUCCUCAGUAGUUAUACCAGGUAUCUUUCGAUACCUUCCAUGCGAUUAUUUCUUUCUCGACAGUUCCACAUCUUUUUUGUUAGCAUAAUUUCAUCUGACGGUUAAUGAUGGAAGUACCAUUAUGGAGAAAAAUUGAAUUAGGAUAAUUUUACAUUUUUAUUGUGAUUUUUUUUAAUGCUUACUUUUUUCGCCAUU